AUUUCCCCAGAUAAAGAUUUUCAGUUUCAGAAUGACAUUCACAUCCUGUUCAUGGAAUCCAUUUUAUUCUGAUUAGACACUAUCUUCCGCGUUUAAUUUCUUGUUAUUCUUAACCAAGAAAAGGGUAGGAACCAAAAAAGGAAACUAAAACUUGUUCUUAGAACAGGACUGUAAACGCCUUCACUGUUCAGGAACAUCUCCGUGAAAAUUUGAUGGAGAGCUACUAUGGGACAGACAACACCCGGCCAACGCGACCUUUCGAUGGAAGCUGUCUUUCUUCCCAUGUUGUUUCGGAUGACUGUCCGACGAAAACAAUGAUGCAAGUGGAAACGGAUGCAGUCCCAAUCUCGUCAUCUAAAGAAGAAACUCCAAUUAAAAAGAAGCCUGGCAUGGAUUUAAAAACUUAUGGUGAUGACACAGUUGAAAGCUCUGGGAUGGACUCGAUGCCCACGUCCAACUGCAAGUAUCCGAUUGAGGCAGAUCCAGAGAUAGGUGAUAGUUCGGGGAAAGGAAGUCCCAUUGAUGAUGCCAAAGCUAAACGCGUCCAGGAUGAAGAGAUAUCGAGCUCAUCAAAACCCAGGGAAAUGGAGAUGGAUGAGAACGGCUUCCCUGUUGGUCUGGAGAAGAUGAAGUUUGCCGAUGUUAUUAUCCCAGAGGACGAAUAUCCAGAUUGGAAAAAAGAAGGACAGUAUGAUGGGUUGUUGGUGUAUCAUGAAAAAGAUGAAAAAUGUGCACUGGAAUUUCUUGAAAAAGUACAACGUCACAAACGACCAGAUGGAACACCCUUGCGGAUCUCUUAUCUUCAGCAGAUUGCAGAUGAAGCGGGAAAGAAUGAAAAUGAAAAGUUGGAGUAUUAUUGUAAUAAGAGCACAUAUCUGAUGAUGUUCCUUACCAAAAACUUUUGUGAAGACCUGCAAUGGAUGUACUUUUACCAGCAUAGAAUUGUCAUACAUUCAGUUACAGACAUGACAAAAAGAUGGUGUGCGAUCCCAAUUCACACAGAGUAUUGGAGGAAACCCAAGUCGUAUAAAACACCGUUUGCAUUACAAGGUAUUCGAGGAAUCUGUUUGGAGGACAGCCAUUGGGAGGAAGGUGCAGAGCGAAUGUUUCGGGAAAGAUUCAAACUUCUCAAAGAUCGACUCUACGAGGAGAACUUGAAAUUUAAACGUUGGUAUAUGCGGGAGCAGGGGACACGCCUGAUAAAAUGGAAAAAGGACAAGAAGUUAUAUCUGGAAAAACUGAAGAAGGAUGAAGAAGAAAUGCAAAAGCAACUUGAAGCCGGAGAGAGUGAGCCAAUGGAGCAAGAUAUGCCACACCCCUCGGCUCCUGGUGUCCAAGUCCAGAGAAAUGUGGGUGCUUCAGCCGAGCGUAGUCCACCAAGGGCCCCAGGCAAUGCAUGGACAACUCCUGCACAAAACGCCUCUGCUGCGGCAACUGGUACAGCUGUUCAGCCACCAGCCACAAUGUCACCCGAACAAUUGCAACAAAUGUUUAUGGCUAUACAGCAGAACCCACAACUGUUGCAGUCCUUGCAAGGCCUUUCUGGGGGUCAAGGUCCUGUCAUCAACAUAAGUGCAGAUGUUGUGAAUUUUGGGAACCAAAGCCAGACGACCAUUCAGAAGCCUGGAGAAGGAGAGGAUGAUGACGAUGAUUACUGAUAAUAAAUAUUAUGUCAACAGAUGCUGGUUCGAUGCAGUAUAUACUCCGGGAUCAUCUACCACAUCCUCCCAUUAUUGACUUGAGAGAAUUGCCGCACAAAAUUGGAGACUAAAAAGACCAGCAUUAUCCAAAUGAAAUGUGCUACUGUAAUAUAAGGGACAUUCAUCUUUAAUUCCCAAGGUGGUCAUUCUGACAACACUUUGCCUUAUAUUUUGAGGCAAAGUCAGCAGCCAGACCAUUGAAAUUUCAAACAGAGUUUCUUAUAUUAUGUAUGUGUAGAUAGAAAAGAUGUCUUGUAUUCAUUGUGAUUUGAGUGACUCCCAGAUCAAGUUUCAUAACAUGAGUAUUGGUAGGAACUAAGCAGUCAAAUUGGUAAUCUCCUAAGUGCACAAUAAGUGAACAUGUGAUGUACAUACUUAUGUUUGUUGUGGUGAGCAAAAUAAAAAAAGAGUAGAACCACUUUCUAUCCAAGAUAGUUGAGCCAUCUUCUUCAAACUGCCAAAAAUCAUGAAAUAUGAAUUUUUUUAUUGAAAAAUAGAAAUUUGCCAGAAGAAAAUUUGUGGAAAGAAAUCCCUUUGAGAAGUCCCACUGUGCAAAAACUACUGAUUUAUUCAGUUUGGUUUAUCGUAAAUCUGAUAUUUAUUACCUAAGAGGAGUUUUACAUUGGAAUUGUAAAAUGAAAUGCUUGAUUAUAGACAAUAUUGUAUGUAAACUUUUGAACUAUUCCACAAAAUGAAAUAAAAAUCAUCUAUAUAGUGGACGUA